GAUUUGACACAGUAGCAGGAUGGCAUCUGCAGACACGGUUCUUGCAAUGAAAGGGAUGGCUGCUGAUCCUUUGAAGAGAAAACUUCUCUUGAAGGAUGCAACAUGUAUGGGUGGUCUUAUUAUGGUGCUUUCCAAUCCUGAUUCAAAAAUUGUCACUUCAGCACUAGAGACAUUAAUUUUGAUGGCAGACACAAAUGAUCAUAAGAAACUUCUACGAGGUUUUAUAGGAAUGACCAAACAACUGGAAACAAUCAUCAACAG